AUGGCGACUCCAGGACCUUCGGAACCUGGACCUCAGCUACCGCAACCUCCCCAGGAGACCAAUCCGUUUCAGGGGACACCGGUGAGCCCUACGAGCCCUAGCCAGCAACCUUUUGAGCGAGUGCUAGAGAUGCUUACGGCUUCCGUCCUCCAGAGCGCAGAGAACUCUCAGCACAUGAAGGAGACUCUCGACGCCCUGACCAGGCGUACUUUGACCGAUAGCAGUUCUACUCAGUCUGGGGUGUGGUCUCGGGUGAUCGGCAAGCCAGAUGUCUUCAAGCCAAAGGACAGGGAGGAAGAGCUGUCCCAGUUUUCCGAGUGGUCGUGGCAAUUUAAACAGUAUGUGCGCGUGAUCUGCCCAGGGAUGCAUAAGUUGCUUGAGAGCGUGGAGUCUGACCUUGAAGACACUAACGUGCACUCUGAGAUGUCUGCAGAGACAUUGGAUUUGUCGAAGCAACUGUACGCUUUGCUUGCUAGCCUGUUGAGAGAGCGUCCUGUGCAAAUCUUGAAGGCCAUUCCAGAUGGCAAUGGAUGCGAACGACCUAGCAACAAAGCUAGAUCGUUGGCGCUGCUUGGAGCAAUUUCUCAGUUUCCAGCUAUGACAAACUCCAACUACCAUGAGCAGAUUUUGAAGCUGGAAGAGUUGUGCCGUAAGUACAACCAGUCGUCUGGCAAAGAAGUCGCUGCCAGCUUCGUUGCGUACACAUGUGAGCGUGAUCUGAACUGCAGUGAGAGUGCUACGUAUGAACAGCUUCGAGAAGUGAUUCUUCGUUACGAACGAGCAACCCAGAAGUGGACAACACAGCUGUUUUCAGGUUCGCCCCCACCUGCUGGAGAUGGUGCUGUGCCUAGGGAUGUUGACAUCGCACACAACCACAACAACCCCAAAGUAGGCAAGGACCACAAAGGAAAGGGUAAAGGAUACUUCCAGUGCUACCAGAAGGGCAAGCAAGGGAAAGGCAAAGGUGGUUUCAAAGGCAAGGACAAUAAAGGAAACGGAAAAGGCUAUAACCACGACAACCCGAAGGGCAAGAGCAAAGGCAAGACCAACGUGCCCUACAACAACUGCAAGAUUUGUGGUAAGCCAGGGCACUGGAGUAACGAGUGUUGGAUGAAGAAGGUGAACCAGGUGAACAACAACCCUGGUGCCCCAACUGUGCCACAACCACCUGCUGCCCCUGGAGGAUCCUCGAGUGCGACUCCAACGACUACGGCCACGGUGAAGCGCGUCUUCAACUUGGCAGAUGACACAGAUGCAGUUCAGUUUCCAGUUGUCGGGGGUUCGUUGAGUGUCUUCGAGGAGUACUGGGAUGAUGAGGAGUGGUCUGAGUGGUGGUGCCAACAUGUCACAGCUUCGGAGUGCGAGUACUACGACAUGAGUGCUGGAGAUAGUUCUGAAGAAAACUGGACCUACGAUGAUACAGCCGUUUCGGCAUUCGACAUGACAAUGUCCGAUGCCCUUCCAGGUGAUGAAGAUUGGGUCCAAUGCGAUUGGGCCAAGACCUACGUGCAGAUGGUGCAACAAGGACCUGCAGAAGGCUGGACCAGUGAAGGGACCAAGGUUGAAGUGGUUCUUGGUUCGGGCGCUGAUGUGAGUGUGAUGCCAGAGCAGUGGUUGCAGUUGGAUGUGGGGCAAAAUGCACCGGGAGAACGCGUCCUCAUGAGGGAUGCACAAGGACGUGAGAUGCCGAAUCUCGGCACUCGUAAUGUGUCGUUAGACCUUGGCCAAGCAGUACUUCAUGAGCGCUUUCAUGCAUCGUCAGUGGCUACCCCAUUGCUGAGUCUGGGUGGACUGUUGAGGAAAGGAUGGAGUUUGAACCACCGUAACAACAUGUUGUGCCUGUGCUUCGAGGAUGUGGCAGUUCCUGUGAGUUUUCCGAGAAAUUCCCUGGUGGUGGAAGCAACAGUGCACAAUGUGGAAGCAAGUGACAUGAGCCCAAUCGUUGAAGAAGUUACCGAGGAACCCAGACCUCCAGAGGAAGUUCGUCCGCUGUUAGAAGGGAGACGCCACUAUGCUACUUUCGAUUUCAACCCUGUUGCUAUUUCCACAUCUGAGGCUGGUGAGCUCGAUCCGAACGGGCGACGGUGGACUUUUCUGCCGACGGGAGACCCGGUUUGCCUCUCUGUGGGUUUGAACUUUGUUGACCCUAGUGCCAUGAUGAACACUGCGCUGUGGAAUUUUCGAACUACCGCUGUGAAGAUUGCUGAAAGUUGGGAAGUGUUGGAGUUGCAUCACGAUUUGAGUGCAAUGUCAACUACGAGUGGUGCUCUUUCAGCGCUGGAUGACUCUCUCCCUGGAGUGAUGUAUGAGAGCCUGACCAUGACGGUGAUGCAUCGUACAAUCGUGGAGCCCGAGAAGUUUGGCUUUCAUGUGGAACCUGAGGCCCCAAAUCCCUUACUGGGUGCACCUCCGCCUCAGGUAUCUCCGGAACCACUACAGGCUGACGAAGGGAUGCCAGGUGCCAACGACUCCAAUGUGGAGGAUGAGCAACCUGGCGCGCAACCUGUGUUGCCGGGGAUACAGUUGGAGAAGCCUAUUCCAGAAGAGAUUCAACCCAAGCUCUCGUGUGCACCAUGCGUUGAUGCGGUCCUUGACUUCGUUCAUGUUUGGAUGUCUCACCGCCUUCUCACCUUCAGCAUCGGGGUCCGCAUUUCGAACUUGUUCCACCUUCUCUUCGGGGCCAUAAGCAAAACGAUCGUCACCACUGAGACCGCAAGCAGGAUCAUGUAG